AGCUGGCUAGCAGUACAAGGUGCGGCAGAGAAAAACAGAGACGGGGCACCAUCGCAGCUAGUGCGGUUGACGUUUAUUUUUUUUAGUCCCCGUUUCUUACCAAAAAGCCAACCGUUAGAUGUAGAUCUUUCUUCUUCUUUUUUUUUUUUUUUUUAACUGCCACGUCGGAGUAGCGUAAUAGAUUGCCAAAGGUGUCAACGACCAGCUCAACAGAAACAGGGUCACACCAACAAAUUUAGUCGGAAAAUAAGCGAAGCUAACGUUAGGUAGCUAAUGCUAGGAUAGCUAGCGGGCUAGCUUUCGAGCGUGUAAACGCGAAUAAUUAAAUUUGACUGAAUCGGUUGUUAUUAACACCAACGCUACAAUGGCUGAUGUUGACAAGCUCAACAUAGACAGUAUCAUCCAGCGUCUUUUAGAAGUCAGAGGGGCAAAGCCUGGCAAGAACGUGCAGCUGCAGGAGAUCGAGAUUCGUGGAUUAUGCCUGAAGUCAAGGGAGAUUUUUCUCAGUCAACCCAUUCUUCUGGAGCUGGAGGCCCCUCUCAAGAUUUGUGGUGAUAUCCACGGGCAAUACUAUGACCUGCUGAGGCUGUUUGAGUACGGGGGCUUCCCUCCAGAAAGCAACUAUCUGUUUCUGGGCGACUAUGUGGACCGAGGGAAGCAGUCUCUGGAGACCAUCUGCCUUCUGCUGGCCUACAAAAUCAAAUACCCAGAGAACUUCUUCCUGCUGAGGGGAAACCACGAGUGUGCUUCAAUCAACAGAAUAUAUGGUUUCUACGACGAGUGUAAAAGAAGGUACAACAUCAAACUCUGGAAGACCUUCACAGAUUGUUUUAACUGCCUCCCUAUCGCCGCCAUUGUUGAUGAGAAGAUCUUUUGUUGCCACGGAGGACUGUCACCUGACCUUCAGUCCAUGGAGCAGAUCAGACGCAUCAUGCGCCCCACUGACGUGCCCGACCAGGGUCUGCUGUGUGAUUUGCUGUGGUCAGAUCCAGACAAGGACGUUUUGGGCUGGGGGGAGAACGACAGGGGUGUGUCAUUUACCUUCGGCUCAGAGGUGGUGGCCAAGUUCCUGCACAAGCACGACCUGGAUCUCAUCUGUCGGGCCCAUCAGGUUGUUGAGGAUGGCUAUGAAUUCUUCGCAAAGAGGCAGCUUGUCACUUUGUUCUCAGCGCCCAACUAUUGUGGAGAGUUUGACAAUGCUGGUGCCAUGAUGAGUGUGGACGAGACCCUCAUGUGCUCUUUUCAGAUUUUGAAGCCAGCUGAGAAGAAGAAGCCUAACGGCAGCCGUCCCGUGACUCCCCCCCGCAACAUGGUCACCAAGCAAGCCAAGAAAUGAGUGUGGGGGGGACACAAACGACCGGACUCUCGCUCCUCUGUUCUGCUUACGUCUUCUGCAUAUGAAGGGUCGGUUGUCCUUCAUGCUGCCAAUAAUGAAAAGAUGUUCACUCCUACCUGAUGAAAGCAAAAUGUUUCGUUGUUUUGUCCACAGGGGUAAAUUGAUGUGUCACCAUGAAAACCUCAGGUGUUUUGCACUCCAUUUUGCAGCUAGUCUUUGCCACAUAUGACUGUUCAAUCAGGAAAAAUGUAACAAUACGGCUACUUAUGCACAGGAAUGCCUUGUUUUGAAGCUGUGCACAAUUUUUUCCAGUUUCUUUAUUGUCCUAUUCAUUUCAGUAAUGAGUAUUAACGGCUAUAAAAACCAACGGGGAUGAGUCACAAACACCUGUUUACUUCUGUAAAACUAUAUUUACAGUUAAUUCACGGUCGGUAUCAUGAGAUAUUGACUUACACUGCAUCAUCACAUUUUUAAACAAGUCUUGUGCUAAAAUAAAUGAAUAAGGAAGCACUCUUGUAACAUCUAAACCUUUCUAAUAAACUUUGAGUGUAUUUUAAGGGGGAA